GCGACCCACGACACAACGUUUUCCCCCUCGACGUUUCGCCAGACAAACAAUGGAUUUAUCCGUUUUUUCGCCAAUAACGCAAGCAAACUGAUAAAGGAAACACGUGUUUGUUUCGCGCAUUGGAGAUUAUUUGAAGAUUUUCUUUUCUGUGUGGGUUUCCUGUGACGCCAGGGACCGGAAAAGAGCCAUUUUCCCCGACAGCUGGUUUGCGGAUUCCCCCGUUUGCACUUGAAGUUGUGUGAGCCGGCUGAGAUGAGCGGUCCAGAGGUGGCCAAGACACCGGGAGGUGGAGCUCCGGGCAAGGAGGGAAAGGAGCCAGUGGCCAAUGGGCAUGCAGGAGAGGGCAGCGAUGCCAACCCAUUUGCUGAAUACAUGUGGAUGGAGAAUGAAGAAGAGUAUAACAGACAGGUGGAAGAGGAGCUGUUGGAGCAGGAGUUCUUGGAGCGCUGCUUCCAGGAAAUGCUGGAGGAGGAGGACCAGGAUUGGUUCAUCCCUUCGCGUGACCUCAACCAGGGGGUGGGGCAGCUGCAGCAGCAGCUCAACGGCUUGUCCGUCAGCGAUCACCACAGCAACCUGGAGGAAGUGGCGAGGAAGAGCGUUUUGAAUCCCGAAGCGAAGGAGUUCGUCCCGGGGAAGAAAUACUAGGAGUCCCCCUCACCCCCAUGGAGCCUCCACGCGCACACACACACAUACACCAGUGCUCACAUAUUCUCAGAGACUCUGGCGGCCUCGACCGCACACACACUGAUUUACACUCACACGCACACACACACACUCCUACACACUUGAAGUCAAUGGCGUGCUGGCAGGCCCAGUUGGGGGGUGGGGGGAUUUCUUUUUCUUUCUUUCUUUUGUUUCUUUAAUCUUUUUAUUUCCUGUUUGUUUCUUGUAAACUGAGGGACAUUGGGAACAGGGGUGGGGGAGGGGUGUACUACCAGCACCGCCCUACUGCGGGCGCUAGCUCAUCAUUGCAUUUCAGAUGACGGCGUUGAUGCUUAUAGAGUACGCAAAUCCCAUUGUUGUCCCCUUCGAACUGAGGCAGCUACCAAGGAGUGAUGCCAGGACAAAAAACGUCAAUCCAAAACAUCUUAAUAAACUUUAAAAAUGACUUCAUACUUGUUAAUUUGUGUGCUGUCAAAUUCGAAAAACAUCGUCAGUAGGUUGAGGGUUUCCAUGACAGAGAGGUCAGAGAACGACUACAUUUCAGGGGACUCGAUGGGAUUCUGCAGCUGCUCUGUUGCGUCAUCGCGGUCAGUCCAACCCGUUAACGUUUGCUCCUAUGAUGUAAUCACAUCACAGCUCUUGUGCAUCUAGAAAUGGGGGUUCUUAUUUGUAUCUGCGGCGGCUCCGUUCCAAACCAAAUACAGACCCCACCCUCCCCGCACGCUUGUUUUUGAAGUGAUGUUAACAGACAUGGACAGGUGUAAUCAUGAAGUUAUUUUCCCAUUUUAUGUGGAAGUCCAUGUUUAUCAUUUGUCCAGUUUAUAAUAACAGAGGUGUGAGUUUCAAUUAUGCAUCAAGUCGAAGUUAAGCAAGAAAAAUGUCAUUAUAGAGGGAAGGUCAGAUUUUUGAACCUUAAAAAAAACUCAGUUCUUUUUUUGUUCACAGCUUCAUCCUUAAGUUCGAUUUUGAUUUAUUAGGUGUAGUGAACAACCUUGUUACAGGGGAGUAUUUGGUCUGGAACACAGCCACUGCGUCUUUCUGCGGGAACAACUUGGUUUGUCCAGCAUCAGAUCAAGUGUCCAUAUCCAAAUCAGGUUUUCAAAUAGCCUCUCCUCCUCUUUAUUUUCUUUUUUUUUCCUCCAUGUUUUUUGAGGACGAGGCGUUUUGUGUCUCUUCUGGGUACAGUAACCCGUGGUGUCCAUUCAGUCCUGUCUGCAGGAGGAAACGUGAGGGGACAAUAUUGUCAUGGCCAAUCAGAAUAAAGCAGUAUGGAACACAUGGCAGACAGUAUGGCGUCCUUGCUGUUUUUCUCUUUGUAGGUUGAUGUCUUUGAGGAAGUUUGUCUUUUUUAACCAUGAAUCUUUGUCUGGCUUUCCCUGAAGCAUCUCCCCUUAGCGCCUGUGUAAUAUCUGUUGUAAGCCAGUAGGGAAGAGUUGUAUAUGUGAAGAUGCUUUUUAGGAAACCCAGGAUCUUAUCAACAAUAAUCAUGCAUUAUUUAGUUUUUACAGUUCUCAGCCAUGUUGGGUUAAAAACGCAGAGGCAGUAUUGUCAUCUUGUGACCUGAACAUCAACGUUCUUAAAGCCGCUGUUUUAUUGUGGUAUUACCAGUGACAAUAAUGUCUUGUGUAUUUCACUGUAUUAGUGUUAAGUAGACACUCGUGCACUUGUACUGAAUUGAAAUAAUUAGUGUCUGACAGGUGAAAGCAC